UCAUAAAGUAGGCUCUUACUCCCCGUACUGCCCAUUUUUAUUUCAUUUUGACACAUUUCUAUAGUUUUUUCCUGAUUUAUUUCUUACCCUUCUAAUAUUCAAGAUACUAUAAAUGGUUGAUAGCGCAGAGUCCUUCAUAUACACGCCAUCCCUGAGCUAUUUGCGUCCAGGAAUAAAUUAUCUCCCAGUUUUUGAAUCAGCCCUGCUAAGUAGUGCAUUGUACCAGUCCUUAGAAAUGUUGAAACUAGCGACACUGGAGAAUAUUAUCGAACAAUCCGAUUCCGUUUGCCUACAGCUACCACUGAGUAUUGGGAACUCGGAAAAAUCGAGUCCUAAUGCACCAGCAAAUCCCGAUUAUGACUAUGUUACUUCCAUCCUUUUGUCAAUUGAGUCGCAUUUUAGGCUGCUGGUUUGGGAAAUUGCUACCGUUCGAUCAAUAUCUAUGUUCAACACAGCAAUAGAGAAACUGGGGGAGCAGGUUCGGGAGAGACAAGCGCUGGAAAAAACAGUCGUGAGGAAGGAUCUUGAGAGAAUUUUAAAGUUCAGACAGCGGUCAUUGCAUGUGCUUGUUAAAAUGAUAUUUUACGAAAGAUUUCUGCAGAAUAAAGCCGAGGUGGAAACACACAAUUAUGCAAUUGAGAGCCGUUUGGUAAAAAACCGAUUGAAUGUUGCGGUUGAGAGUGCAAUCCAAAAGGCGGGAAAUAAAGAAAAUGCUUACUUUGACGAAAUCAGUCAUUACGAACUAUUAUUGAGGAAGGAGAAGAAUUUCCGAAACUACCUUGAAGCAAAUAAAACUAGAAUCAGUUUUUUGGAAAAUGAAAUAGAUUACUGGACAGAGCGAUACGAUACUGAAAUGGAGUCGAUUGAAACCAAAAAACAUGAAACUGAGGAUCAAAUUGACAAAAUAAUAAAAAAGAUUAUUUUUCAUAAGGACUUAUUUGAGAAGAGACAAGUGGAACUAGCGAACGAACGAGCUAGCCAUGCCAUCAAGCGUUGGAUAGAAUUUGUUCGAAAAAGGUCAGAAGGAAAAGUCACCGCAGCCAAAAGCAAGGAUAAAAAUAAAAAACCUAAAAAGAAAAAGCGAAAGUGAAACAUGUGAAUAAAACAACAUUGGGAA